GAUUACUUACGCGUUCGCGCCUUGUCACACUGCAGGAAAAUGCCUCCUAGAGUGGAACGAAAAGCGGUGGUGAACAUCAAGCCUGAAGAAUUGAUUCUGCAGUGUGAAUGGAGGGACUGUAACGAGAUGUUUAACUGUAUGAACACAUUUACUCAGCAUGUUACUAUGCAUCUAAUGCAACAUCUUCAGUAUACGUCCGAGAACGGAGCAAUGCUAGAACCAGAAAUUGGCACAGAUAUGCACUGUUACUGGCGUGAGUGUAAUGGAGAUGUUGAUGGAGAGACAUCAGAUUACCUGCGGCAUGUCUACUUCCAUACAUUCCAUGUGAAGAUUAAAUGUAUUGGUGCACUUCUGCUAGAAAGGACAGGACGCCAGCCUUGUUUGUAUGAUUCAAGGAAUAGGAACCUAAUACCAGAUCUGCCAGAAUGUCUUGAAUGUGGUUGGGAUCAAUGUCAUGUUAGAUUUGAGAAUGCAGAGUUGUUUUACCGCCAUGUACAGAGUCACGCAGAUGGUUAUCCUGAUGGUAAUGCUGUUCAAGGUGGCUGCAAAUGUCACUGGGAAGGAUGCAGCGUUGUGGUGAAAUCAAAACACAAAUUAAAAGAUCAUUUCAAAAGUCACACACAGGAGAAGUUGGUUGGUUGUCCAACAUGUGGAGCCUUGUUUUCAUGUCGUACAAAAUUCUUUGAUCACCUGAGCAGACAGCAGGGUUACAGUACAGGAAAACAGUACCAGUGCAGCCAUUGUAACAGUACGUUUGGUGCAGAGAGGUUACUGAGAGAUCAUAUGAGAUAUCAUGUUAAUCAGUACAAGUGUCCUUUUUGUGAGAUGACGAGCCCUUCACCAUCCAACAUGAGACUACACAUGAAGUACAGACAUUCAGAAGAUAAACCAUUUAAGUGUGACAACUGUAAUUACAGGUGUAAAUCUAUGGCUGACCUGAGGAAACAUCUAGAAACACACAACAAUGAUGGUCCUAUUAAAUGUGAAGUGCCUGAUUGUCAGUACGAGGCCAAAAAUUACAAGUACCUGGAGAACCAUUUUCAUAGAAUGCAUGAGAAGCAAAAUGCAAGUUACCAGUGUCAUGUGUGCGAUGCAGCGUUUACACGAGGUGCCCUCCUGACUACACACCUGAAAACGAAACACAAGUUUAACUGGCCUGCAGGUCAUUCUAGAUUCAGGUACAAAUGUCAUUCUGAUGGGAAAUUUCGCUUGCAAACUGUUAGAUACGAGAGUGUUGAGCUUACAACACAGGAUGAGUCCAAUUCUUCCCAUAAUACAUCAGCAUCGAGUUCAAGUCAACAGCUGUGUGAUAUGCCAAACCUGAAUGAGCCGUGUUCAUCACAGUCCACAGAGGGAAUCAUUCUAGUAGACAUGGGUGCUAGAUCAGAUACAAGCUGUGGCGAGAGAUGUUUGAUAUCAGUAAUUGAUGCUGGAGGAGAGAAGAAAGCUGAACACAUUUCAGAAAACAAACAUGCACAUAAAAAACAUGGUAAAAAUUUAAUACAUGAAAUUGGGCAUGGUGAAGUAAAUAGUGAAAACAUGGAAAGUAAUAUCACAGUUUUUGCGGGGAUACAGAUUUAAACGCAAACAACAACAAUAAUUAUGGUCAA